CCGCCGCGUCAGGAUUCUACUCGUGCGGCACUGAUCUGGACUUGAGAAUACUCCACGCUCGCGCUUGUAACAAAUCUGAUGGUUUGCUGGUAUAUGUUAUGGCAAGCAUUCUCCCCAAGUCUCAGCACUUGGUGCCGUUUCUGUUGCUUUUUCACCGACGCUGAAUCUUCACGGCACAAUACGCAGACUCAAUCCGGAUGAGCGUUGAAUCGAUUUGCGCCGAGUAAGCUCAGAAGCAGAGAAGGUUCGGUCCAGGGACCUAGCAGGAUAGGUCCGCGCGACCAAAACAUGGCGCCAUAAGCACGCAACAGGACGUCACAAAAAAUCUGGGAGUAGACCGGAAACAUAAACCUUACGUGCUAUCCGUCAGUCGUUGUCAAUCGUUUCGUAAUUCUCAACCCUCGUUCUGUAAGGUAUUUCCUUCGUCGUUUUCUCUUUGACUUCUCCCUCUGAGCCGCCAUUCCAUUCACCUAAAACAAGGCCAGAACAUGUGGAUAACUUUCUGUCCGUACUAGGCUGUGGAAUUGUCAUUCUGACACCUAUUCCUCUCAUCUACUGCCCUCGCCAACCCAUCACCUUGCCUUUACACCGGAGGGGAUGGGAAUCCGCUAUACUUAGCCACCGAGUCUCUGACAGGAUAUACAUUCUUCCGCUCUAAUCCUUCCGCGGGCGGGUGACGUCUACAUGGCGAUAGAAAAAGGCUCAAAUGUGCCCAGGAGGCUCAGAGAAGAGCAGUACCAGCCGUCGCGCUCGUCUUCCACAUCAUCGUCGACUUCUUCUCUAUCCGUAAAUGCGUCAGAAAGAAGUGUGAGCAUCGUCCCAACGGACAUCUUGGCCGCGAACAGGUUGCGCUACGCAAAGCAUCUGGCCGCCUGCUUCAAGCUCAACACCUCAGCCCUCUCGAACCAGAAGGCGUGAAUCGAAGCGAGGGUGAAGGAUGAAAAUGGUCAGUGCCGUGGCGUGGGAAAACAGUCAAGGUGAAAAGCCACGAAUAUGUAGCUCGAAUCGUUAAAAAAAAAUGACGUUUCUCUCAAAUCGCGUGAAGCCACAGGCUCUUUCAUAUUGCGGAGAUGGUCCUACACUACAGGUCUCCAUCCUUCACCGCACGCUCUUAUCCGUAGCUAUGCGCGGUGUGCUUCCACUGCCGGAACGACAGACACGAUUCCACACAAACGGCCGCAAUGUUCCCAGCGCCAGAGGACAUAGACGAGCACCCACAAGCUCAGAAAACUGCAGGACAGAAAGAGAUAGAAAAAAUAUGAAGGAAAAAAAACAAAAUAAAAGAUAUUUUACUCUUAGCCCAUGCAACGCUCGCUUGCACGCAAAUGCUAUUCCGCUCUUUCCCCUGCUGAUGCAUCUGAAAAGAAGCAAAAGAAUAAGAAUGACGGCGUGUUCGUGGGGGGGGGCCAAUGGGAUGACGUAUUGUACAGUGGUAUAGCAGGAAGAAGACGACGACGGAGGCGAUAAGUAAAAUUUGAUGACGAAAAGCACUAGAAAUUAGAUUGAGAAGAGUUUAAAAGGAAAAAAAAACCACCAAGACCGAAUACAGAUAUGGGGGUACGACCAAACUGCACCAUUCCGAAUCAAAUGCACCCCACCUGGGGCGUCUAAACUCCCACGCCCGCCCUUGGAAAUAUGCAUAGCGCUUUCCGAUUCUUUUAUUGUAUCUUUUUUGGCG